UUCAGUUCCUUCUCAACCACUAACCUCUUUGAGCUUCUGUGGAAGAGCAAAGUCAGACACCACCAUGGUAAAUUUUCUGCUGCUGGCUUUGGCCUUUAGUCUGGCUCAUGCUCACGAUUUUGCAGAGCUUCAAGGAAAAUGGUAUACCAUUGCCAUUGCUGCUGACAAUCUUAAAAAGAUAGAAGCAGGAGGACAACUGAGAAUCUACAUUCGUCAUCUUGGUUGUAAUGAAAAAUGCAGUGAAAUGGAAGUCACAUUUUAUGUCAAUGUGAACAACCAGUGCUCAAAGACCAAAGUCACUGGGUACUUGCAAACAGAUAAAGACUACCAAACCCAGUUUGAAGGUAACAAUAGAUUUCAACCUGUGUAUAUAACAUCAGACAAGAUUUUCUUUACCAACACGAACGUGGAUAGAGCUGGCCAGGAAACGAACAUGAUUGUUGUUGUUGGAAAAGGUAAUGCUUUGACACCUGAAGAACAUGAAAAACUUGUGCAAUUUGCUCAUGAAAAGAAAAUUCCAGUGGAAAACAUUCUCAAUAUUCUUGCUACAGAUACUUGUCCUGAAUAAAGGCCUUCUGUAGCCGGGCGUUGGUGGUGCACGCCUUCAAUCCCAGCACUCAGGAGGCAGAGGCAGGUGGAUCUCUGUGAGUUCGAGGCCAGCCUGGUCUACAGAGCGAGUUCCAGGACAGCCUCCGAAACAACACAGAGAAUCCCUGUCUCAAAAAACCAAAAAAAAAUAUUUUUGCUUUCAUGUUGCCAAGGUGAGAACAGGAUGGCAAUUAUGCAUCAUAUCCUCUUGAUCAUGGAAUCAGCAUCACAAAUAAAUCACAAUUUCAUUCUACCUAAAUUGUCCCAUGUCCUGUAGAGCCAGGAUACCACAUAUCAAAUUCCUGGCUUAGCUUUCUUUUCCCAUCACAUGAUGUAUUAGCUGUUCUUACUUUUUUGACUGAUUAAAUAAAUUGUUUCAAGAAGCAA